GGCAAUGGGGCUUCCUCCCAGAGGCGGUACGGCACAGAGGAGCGCUCGCAUCACAAGGUGACCCCAGCUCCCCACCGCCACCACCGCCGUCACCGUCGACAUCGCGCUCCGGCCGCUCCGCGCCCGCCCAGUCGCCUGGUCUCUCUUUCUCCCUCCCGCAGCCAAGAUCUGUCGGACCGCUGGGGAUCCGGGGAGACGGGGGCUAGGAGUCAUUUGGGACUUCCUCCCUCCCCCCUCCGGCGAGCCCCGGGAUGGAGAGCCGAAAGGACAUGGUUAUGUUUCUGGACGCGGGUCAGCUUGGUACUCUGGUUGGCAAGAGGGUCUCCAGUUUGUCCGAAGCCGUGGGCAGCCCGCUGCCUGAGCCGCCGGAGAAGACGGUGACCCGUGGUUGCCUGAGCCCGCGGGCCGGCCCUCCGGCCGUCCGGGAGCGCGGCGGGGGAGGCCUAGAGGAGGAGCCGGUCGACGGACUAGCAAGCAGCGCCGCGGGGCCGGGCAACGAGCCGCGGGCAGCCGGGGCUGCGGUGCUCGGCCCCGGACCUCCGGCCCCUUCCGCCGACAGCCUCUCGGGUCAGGGGCAACCUAGCAGCUCGGACACCGAGUCGGAUUUCUAUGAAGAAAUCGAGGUGAGCUGCACCCCGGACUGCGCCACGGGGAACGCCGAGUACCAGCACAGCAAAGGGCCCAGCUCAGAGGCACUGGCCGGCAGUCCCAACAGCGGCAGCGAGGCCCCCAAGAGCAACAGCAGCGGCAGCUCACAGGGCACCCUGGCCUGCAGCGCCAGUGACCAGAUGCGCCGCUACCGCACCGCCUUCACCCGGGAGCAGAUUGCCCGGCUGGAGAAGGAGUUCUACAGGGAGAACUAUGUGUCCAGGCCGCGGAGAUGCGAGCUGGCCGCCGCCCUAAACUUGCCGGAAACCACCAUCAAGGUGUGGUUCCAGAACCGGCGCAUGAAGGACAAACGGCAGCGGCUGGCCAUGACGUGGCCGCACCCGGCCGACCCCGCCUUCUACACGUACAUGAUGAGCCACGCGGCGGCCGCGGGCGGCCUGCCCUAUCCCUUCCCGUCGCACCUGCCCCUGCCCUACUACUCGCCGGUGGGCUUGGGCGCCGCGUCCGCCGCGUCCGCCGCCGCCUCGCCCUUCAGCGGCCCGCUGCGCCCGCUCGAUACCUUCCGCGUGCUCUCGCAGCCCUACCCGCGGCCCGAACUGCUGUGCGCCUUCCGCCACCCGCCGCUCUACCCCGGCCCGGCUCACGGACUGGGCACGGCGGCCGGCGGCCCCUGCUCCUGCCUCGCCUGCCACAGCGGCCCGGCCAACGGGCUGGCGCCCCGCGCCGCCGCCACCUCGGACUUCACCUGUGCCUCCACCUCCCGUUCGGACUCCUUCCUCACCUUCGCGCCCUCGGUGCUGAGCAAGGCCUCCUCCGUCGCGCUGGACCAGAGGGAGGAGGUGCCCCUCACCAGAUAAGGGGCCGCCCGCGGGCUGCCGGCUACAGGACGCCCAUGCGGGGACCCUCGCGGGGACUCAGCCAGCGCCCCUCCCCGCCCCCAGGGCACCGAGGGGGAAAGAAGAGGGCCGAAAAGGACCAGAGGGGCUCGGCCUCGGCCUCGAGGAUCGGGACGCCCGGGAAGCGGCCGUGGCUUGGCCGGCGCCUUUGGGGAUCAGGAGUGGGGAUGGGGACGCGGGGGCUGAGAGACCUUCCUCGGGGGCGGCCUCUCUUGCCGUUUUUCACCGGACCCAUUACCCCUGACUGGAGUCAGGCCGCGGCUCCAAAGCCAAACAAAUUGAGUAGCAACAGCAACUGAUAUCCAGCCCCUCAGUACCUCCUCCCACCCGCCACCUCACCCCUGCCUCA